AUGUCUUUUGAAUAUUCCGUUCCACCUUCUGGUGCCCAGCCACGGUCACUCACAACCUUUGAUUUCUCCCUUCCACCUUCCGGUUCUCAGCCUGCAAGCCCUUCGCUGUUGAGUGCAAGCCCAAGCUCCCGACAUGCCAGAUCUCCAGAUUCAAGUUCACAUCAACCACAAAUUGACCCUCAAUUAUAUGUGGAUGAAUUGUCUGCCCUCUUUGUGGACGCACUUGCAAACCAAUUUGGCUUUGGUGAUAUGGAAUGGGACUUGCGAGGGAACCUACACGGAUUUGCCAAGAUCCGCCAAAAAUUUAAUUUUUCUUAUAUGUACAAACCUGACCUUGCAACACGAACGUAUCUCCUUGGCGGUAUUUUCUGCCUUCUCAAAGAACAACACUUGAUAGCCGCAUCACAUCUUUCUACGCAACACCUUCUCGCCGAUCUUCAAAUUCGUCUUGAAGCCACUUUCUCACUCAGUCCUGAGCAACAAAUGAACAUACGAAUUAUUGCGGGUGAUCUUAUUUUCGAUGCCAACAGGAUCACCUUCAUGUCGCUUUAUUUUGACGUGGCGGCAUGUUUGUAUGAAGAUCAUGGAGCCUUCAAACUCACGAAUAUAUAUGGCAACCCAGCUAGAGAGCGCUAUCUGAUGGCUUUCAUUAAACGCCAGUGUUCGAGCAUACGAAAUGCUUUUCAUGAGCUGGCCUCCUCCAUUCAGAUCCGUGACAGUGUCAUUGGUGAUGACACCAGUACAUUGUCUGAUUUUAUCUACGACAGUUCAACUCGUUUUUGUCGUGCGGGCGGGAAUUCGGACCUCGGACAUGCGACAUGCUCCCGAUUGGCUAUUUUAUGUCGCUUCGCAUAUGAAAAUCCUGAUCUGCUUGAUCGCGCAGAGGAUGAAGAUGAAACUUCCACCACGGUACCAACAGAAGACAAUGGUGGGGACUCCUCUGUUGCAGAACCAGCAAAGAAGAAGCGAAAACGUGGUCAUGCUGGACACACUGCCAAAGGCGAGGACUUCUGGUCCAAGGUCGAGAUGUGGUUUGAAGCUAGACAGAAGCAGUGGGGAGAUUCAUGGGGGUCACCAGGCUGGUCCGCGUACAUCACAUAUACCGUUGAGCUAGACGUGCAGCGUUAUCAGCGGCAGAUUGUUCAAAAUCCAUUUAUGGUCGAUGUCGCGGUUCCAGAGGCUUACAGAUCACGCGCGAAUUCUCCCGCUGCAGCUGAUUCAAACCUGAAUGCCUUGGGAAGUAUGGAUGACAUUUUGAGGCUUGCCAUUUGA